AUGCCACCAAAAGCUAAGACUAAUGAUACAGAUGAUGUAUUAGACUUUAUCAAUUCAUUGCCUGAUUCUAAAUCAGGUACUCCUAAACCGAAAGAAACCAGUAAUAAUGAUGUAAAUGAUAAGGAUGAAGACUUCCUCGAAUUCUUGGAUGAAUUGGCAGCACAUGAAAAAUCCAAACCUUCUACUCCAAAACCAAAUAGUAAAUUUGAGCCAAAGAAGAAAGGAGAAUUGGGUGAAAAAGAAUCAAAACCGCAACCAAAAGAGGAAAAGGAGGAAAAGGAAUUGCCGGUCAAAAAGGAGCUGACAGAAGGCUCUGGUAAGGUCACGGAAGGUGAAUCGGAGCCAAAUAAAGAGAAUACAAAAAGUAAUGCAGAACCGAAUACGACAGAGGAAGUUGAUGCUAUCGGAUCAAUUUCAACAUGGUGGAACAACGAAGGUUCAAAUAAAGUUUCAUCGUUUUGGGGAUCAAUUACAUCAAAUGCUCAAAGUCUAAGCGAACAAACGUAUCAACUAGCAUCAACAACCUCUAACCAAAUAAGUCAACAGAGACAGAAGCUAAUUGAAAAUUCUGAUCAUGAACAGAUAGUAAAUAUCAGCUCAAAAUUGAAUUCAAUGUUGUUAAACAUGUCGCAGCAAAUUACCCAGGGUCUUAUGUCUGACACUGAUGAAUUGUUGAAUAUAUUAUUAAUUUAUGACUUAUAUAAUAUAAAUUAUUUGGAUAGAUUAUGCUAUGAUAAAUUCAACCAAGUCAUGAAUCAAGUUGAAGGUGGAAUUAAUGUCAGUGUCAAUAACUUCAAUCAUAAGGAUGAAUUGAAUAAAGACAGAAUUGAUUUAAAUCUCUUUUAUGGUAAGAUAAUUGACGGAGAAAAGUUGUGCUUAGCAAACUUAGAAAGUUCAGUCAAGGAUUAUUUAAAGAUUACCAAGUUAUCUGAAGAGGAAGACAAAAAUACCUCCGAACCCGGUCAGGAUGAAAAAGGCGAAGAUAAAGAUGAAAAUGAAAAACAUGAAACUAAAGGCGAAGAAGAAAAUAAAGAAGAGAUUGAUAAAAUCAAUAAGUCGAACAUAUUUAUUUCCAUCCAACCAAUAACUAGUAAAAGUAAUCAGGAUGAGACUAAGUCUACUCACGAUGGAGAAGAGCAAGGUCCAAUAUUAAUUGAAUCCAAUAAUUCUGACUCAUUUUCGUUCACAGUAAUUUUGAAAGAUAUUACAAACAAUAUAACUAUCAUCACAAAAACGCAGCCUUUCCCAUUGAAGUGGGCCAAAUGGUUAAGUGGCGAACUGUCUCAAGAAUUUAAAGAGUUUGAUGAUAUCGACCCGAGCGAAUGGGUCAAGAACUGGAUCAAAGAUGGGUUGUCUUUGAGUUUUGGUGUCUUAGCUCAAGAAUAUGUUAUAAAAAGAAUGGGCUUCUGA